AUGAACUUCUGGGCGGCCCUCGUUGAUUUCCAGCUAGUCCUCUCUAUUCUGACAAUUAUUUACUACCUUUACGUCAUAGUUCUCAUGCUCACCUCCAAAUCUGUAGUGUUUCAAUCGGCAUUUUUCACAAUCUUCAUCUUUACCGGCAUUUUCGAUAUAAUGGGAAUACUGGCAAUCGAAUGGGUAAGAGCCGAUGGCAGAAUUGGCUUCGGACCUCAAUUUGAAAUAGUGACUCGUAUAGCGGGUGCUUUGACUGGCACCAACUUCUUCACCCACAUCAUUGGAUGUUUCAUGAUGACUGCAAAUCGAUACACAGCUGCAUGUCAUCCUGAGAAGUACGAC